CACAACAUUCCAAUCGCUCCUGUCCCAUCCUCCCUCCUCCUCUCCUCCUGCUCCUCCUGCCCGCCUGACACACUACUGUGUGUGGAGCUGUGACACGUAAACUUUGUCCGUGACCGCACAGAACUCCCGCAUCUGGGUCAGGGAGAGCAGAGAGACCCUCCUCCUCCCUGUCCCGAACCAGAACCCGGCAUUUUUCUAACAUGGAGGCAAGAGACGCUACGGCAGGCGCUUUUGUGCGCCGUGAGGGAGAUGAUCAAACUGCAAAGGACCAGCACAAAGCUCCCAAACGUGAACAAACGCCCACCAGAAGCAAGAUGGAGCAAAUAUUUGGCUUCAAGAAGGAGGACCUGACUUCCUGGCACAGCUUUGUGGCUCUCCUGAACCGCCCCACGGAUCCUGCAUCUCUGGGCAUCUUCCGCUGCUUGUUUGGUUUGCUGAUGGUCAUAGACAUCACACAGGAACGUGGUCUCAGUAACCUGGACUUCAAGUACCUGGAUGGGGCCCCCGUGUGUCGCUUUCCUCUCUUCAACUUCUUACAGCCCUUGCCGCUGGACUGGAUGUACCUGGUGUACGUGGUGAUGUUCCUCGGUGCUUCGGGCAUCAUGCUCGGCUGCUUCUACCGCCUCUCCUGCCUCAUGUUCCUCUCCACGUACUGGUACAUCUUCUUCCUGGACAAAACCGCCUGGAACAAUCACUCCUACCUCUACGGCCUCAUUGGAUUUCAGCUCACACUCAUGGAUGGCAACAGAUACUGGUCCAUCGAUGGACUGUGGAGACCCUCUAUAAGAAAUGCUCAUGUGCCUCUGUGGAAUUACACACUGCUGCGAGCUCAGAUAUUUAUAGUAUACUUCAUUGCCGGAGUGAAGAAGUUGGAUGCUGAUUGGGUGGAGGGAUACUCAAUGUCAUACCUGGCUCACCAUUGGCUGUUUGACCCCUUCAAACUGAUUCUUCCUGUGGAGUUAGUAAGCCUGUUGGUGGUGCACGGAGGCGGUCUCAUUUUGGAUCUGACUGCUGGCUAUCUGCUGUUUUUUGACGUUACUCGGCCUUACGCAUUUUUCUUUGUCAGCUACUUCCACUGUAUGAACUCGCAGCUCUUCAGCAUUGGGAUGUUUCCCUACGCAAUGCUGGCCACCAGUCCUCUCUUCUGCUACCCUGACUGGCCAAGAAAUUUUUUUGCCCAUUUCCCAUCAUUCCUCAGGCCAGUCCUGCCCCUCACUUCACCGGGGUCCCAGCACAGCCCUUCCUGUGUUUACGAAGAAAUCCAAGGCAGUGACACUCAGCAAAGACAGACCCCAGCUGCUGCCAAAUCAUCCAAAUUAAGACUAAAACACAAGCUGGGAGCCAUUUUUACUGUUCUUUACUUAAUGGAACAGUUCUUCUUGCCCUACUCUCACUUCAUCACACAGGGUUAUAACAACUGGACUAAUGGCCUGUACGGAUAUUCGUGGGACAUGAUGGUUCACUCUCGCAGCCAUCAGCACGUUAAAAUCACCUACAAAGACAGGAAAACGGGUGAAACUGGAUAUCUGAACCCAGGGGUGUUCACACAGAGCCGUCGCUGGAAGGACCACGGAGACAUGCUGAAGCAGUAUGCUACAUGCCUCCAUCAGUACCUGCCUCGUUAUAACAUCUCCGAUCCUGAAAUCUACUUUGACAUCUGGGUGUCCAUCAAUGAACGCUUCCAGCAAAGGAUCUUUGAUCCUCGUGUGGACAUUGUGAGAGCUGAAUGGUCACCUUUCAAACCAAACAAAUGGCUCAUGCCUCUGCUGGUGGACCUCUCGCCUUGGAGGCCCAAGUUCCAGGAGAUCGAGGGAAGUUUGGACAAUCAGACUGAAAUAGUCUUUAUUGCGGAUUUCCCAGGUCUCCACUUGGAAAACUUUGUGAGUGAAGAUUUGGGCAACACCAGCAUCCAGGUGUUGCAGGGCCAGGUGAAUGUAGAGAUAGUGGAGGAGAAGAAGAACUACACUCUGCAGCCCGGUGAGCAGAUAAAGGUAGCUGCUGGGGCUUAUCAUAAGGUGUACACAGUGUCCGAGGGCCCCUCUUGCUACAUGUACGUCUAUGUAAACACCACAGAGGCAGCACUACAGAAGAACUUCACCAAGCUGUAUGAAAUCCAGGAGCGUGUUCGCAAUGGAACAGAAACCGAGCCACUUCCUCCCGAGCUGCAGCCUCUCAUGGCUGCAGAUGAUGACGAGGGUUCGGAGGUCAACGCCACUGACCCGAUUGUGCGGCUGUUCCUGAAGAGGCAGCGACGGAUGAAGGAAGUUAAGAAACGCAGGGAGGCCGGCAUGCUGGAGCGACUGCAGCGCUUUGCCGUGAAGAAGUAUUACACAAUACGCAGAGGAAUCUUGAUGACAGCCAUUGCAAUGAGAAACCUGGCGGUGGGUCUGCCUCCGCUCGAGCAGCUGACGAGGGAAGUUGCCUACGCCAACAUGAAGGAACCUCAAGCAGAAGCCAGUCAAGACGAACGGCUCAAAGAUGAAGUCGGUCAUGCAGAACUUUAAUCCCACUGAGGCCAAAAAAAAUACUCGGUGAAUUGCCUGUAGGUGCUGAAUCACACAUUCCCAUCAAUGUGAGUGUGUGUCCGCGCUAUUACUACUGGACUGUUACUACACUGCCCGGAGAUCACAGCGCUUUUAUUUUCCGUUUUCACUUCUGAAACAUUUCAGAUUAUGUCCAAAUGUAAAGUCACUACGUGGUUAGAGCUUUUGUUAAUGACCGUUUAAAAAAAAAAAGGGUUGUUCUUAAAAAUAAGUGCGCUUAAAAAGACAGCAGGCAUUAUUUGCUAGAGGAGCAUAUGUGUGUGUGCAAAAAUGCUAAUGCUGUUUUGAAUGACAGAAGUGAAGCAGGUGGAAGCAUGUGACUGAAGGAGGAAGGGUUUUAUGUUUCAAAGGGACAGAUCUCAGUGACCAGGAUCCUUUUCUGUUCAUCUGCCAGCUCCAACGAGAUUAGAACAAUUUGAGAUAAAUUAUGUUUACAAAUAUUCAUGAUACUUCAGUCAGUUUAACGUUCUAACCAGUUAUGGUACGAUGCAAGGGAAAAAAGUAUUUUCUGUCUUUUUUCUUAUGGAGAUCUAUUGAUGAAAAUAAAUUUUGAUAUUGAAAUGAGU